GUUUGUUUCCCUCGGAAGUGAAAAAUAGUAAGACAAACAACAAGGACAGCGUUAGCCAAGAACAUAAUAAGAAAAAAUGUAUAUUUGAAUUAGGAGAAAGAACACACUCUACUAAUAUAGGAUAAUAAUAGUUUGUAUUCACAAUUCAAUAACUAAAUGUUCUUUCUACGAGAAGAAUUGAUCAGUUUGCCACAUUUGAUCAUUUUAUAGGAGCCACGCUAACGUUACAGGGCUCAAGCUAGCCUACAUUGUAUCAUCUAAUCUUGCCUUCCCUUUUUACGGAAGAGAAAGGCAAGAACCAGAUACAAGAUGAGGCCAGUCGGGUCCAAGGAUUGUAACGAUUGAUCCUUGAUUCAAUGUCUGCAUUGGGUAGGGUACCUAGGACAAUGAUGCCUGCCAUUACAGUAUUAUUCAGCUGUCCUUGUCUGACUCUUUGGCCUUGCUGAGGUGUGGUGUCGGAGAAGGUGCGGUCAGUGAGAAUGGAUCAAGGCCCCCACCUGACAUGACAUUGGAUACUUUUUUGGAACUUUAAUCAAGAGACUGGGAGGAAGAUGGAGAAAGAGGUGGCUGAGAGGGAGGUGGAGAUGAAGGGAGAGACAUGGACUGUAGAGGCAACUGAGGAGAGUCCUGAAGAGCUGCUCUCAGGUGUUCCUCACCUCCCAUCUUCAACAGCCAUGCCCGACCAGUGGGAAGUCAGAGGAGAUGAGGAGGAAACUCAACAAGUUCCCAAUAAGGAGAUGACUGACUAUAUCAAAGUUACCCCUCAGGAUAUCCAAUCCCCAGUCAACCAGGAGGACUCGGAAGAUGUAGAAGAAGAGGAUUGUGGGAUUGCAGAGGACAAUGAGGUCUCUCUAAGACAGAAGGGGGUGGUGCAUUUGGAGAGAGAAGGAAAUGAGGAGACAGAGGGUGGAGAUGAAGAGGAGAGCGGAGGGAAGGAGCCAAGCAUAAACGAGGAGUCAGGCUGGAGGAACUCAGGGGCCGGAGGGAGGAGAGGCCGGUCCCGGAACAGCGGAGGGGGAGGGGCAGCCUCGGAGCAAAACACUCAGGCUACAUCGUCAUCCUCGUCCUCCUACCUCCCUAAAGUUUCCCUGUCGUCGGGUGGCGGUAGGCACAAGCAGACCCGGAGGCGCAACCACCACCAUCAACAGGGCCGCGGCCGGCGGCGGACGGGCACCCAGCUGGCCUUGGCCUUCAGGGAGCUGCUGUCGGAGUCGCUCAGCCCCUGGUGCAUCUCCUGCAUCCACAUGGUGGUGGAGGUCAUUGUCACCAUGACCCACCGAUGCGGAGUGGCCGUGGAGGUCGGAGGGGUGGCCCUCUACGACCUGGGCUCACAGAUGCUCAACAGGGUCACUGACGUGCCGGGGAUGAAGGCAGAUGCCCAACGCGUGCUGGAGAGGGCGAGGUGUGCCGGGGCGGUCCUGGUGGUUAAGAGUGUUCGGUUGGUGAAAUGGGUCCGGAAGGCCUCCCUAACUUGCUUCGGCCUCCUCUGUGCCGUGGUACUGCUGGGGUUCCAGUGGGCCCGGUUCACGCUGGUCCGGCUGGGCGGGGAGAGGGCCCAGCGGUGGUGGACGGCCAUGCAGGACUCCAGGGUAUGGAGGAGGGUGGCUUCGCUGGUGGAGAGGGUCAGCAGCUGGUUCAGGAGGAGAGCCACCCAGGUGCCCCCCUUGACCCCAGAUUCUCCUGGUGGAGCAGGUAGAUACCAACCUGGGAAGGAGCUGGAGAGACUGCUGGCGCUGGCUCAAGUCCCUGAGGAGGAGCUGGACCCUUUUACAGUGCUGGGGGUGGAGGCCCAUGCCACUGAAGCUGAGCUAAAGAGGGCCUACAGACAGCUGGCUGUCCAGGUCCAUCCAGACAAGAACAAGCACCCACGUGCUGGGGAGGCCUUUAAGGUGCUGAGGGCUGCCUGGGACAUCGUCAGUAUCCCAGAAACACGGAGGGAAUACGAGCUGAAGCGCAUGGCGAAGACGGAACUCUCCAAGUCGAUGAAUGAGUUCCUCACCAAACUGCAGGAUGACCUGAAGGAAGCUAUGAACACUAUGAUGUGCACCAAGUGUGAGGGCAAGCACAGGAGGUUUGAGAUGGACCGGGAGCCUGCGGAGGCUCGGUUCUGUGCAGAGUGUAACAGACGCCACAGCGCCGAGGAGGGAGACCUGUGGGCCGAGUCCAGCAUGCUGGGCCUACGCAUCACAUACUUUGCCUGCAUGGAUGGCAAGGUCUACGACAUCACAGAGUGGGCCGGCUGCCAGAGGAUAGGAAUCUCCCCAGACACACACCGCGUUCCCUACCACAUCUCCUUCGGAUCCAAGAACAACAGCAACUCCACGCAGCGCCACAGGACACCUCCAGGCCCAGAGCACCCUCCUCCAGGCCCGACCAACCCUGCUGACCUGCAGGACUUUUUCAACCGCAUCUUCCAGGGGGGACCUCCCCCUGAUAUGGCUGCCAACGGGGGUUUCUUUCCCUCAGGACCGCCCCCCCAUCACCCCUCUGGUGCUGGACUGGGACCUAGUGGACCUUUUUCCCCUCCUCCACCUCAGACUGGCUUCUUCGUGCCUCCUGGGGGGCCCCGGCCAGAGCCCAGCGAGACGUGGGCUGAGAGCGGAGGCAAACCUCCACCCCGCAGGAAGAAGAAGGUCCGCAAGCCCUUCCAGAGGUGAGAGCGGCCAUUGUUGUGAUACGUCAUCAUAGCAACACAGGGACACUCUACACAUGGCCAUAUCUGUCUUCUUGCUUGUCUGUCAGUGAGCCCGGACCUCCCCUUACUGUACAUGAGUCGAAGGAUCACUCGAGCUCAGGAAGAUUCACACUGGUCGGGGCUACCACCCGAAUCAAUGACUGACAACACAUAGGUCCCAAGCCAGAGAUGAGACUGGACCAUGUAUAAGAAGAAGAAACUAACUCCGUUUAAGUAUAUUUGGGGUAAGGAGGUGGCAGUAUUUCUGCUUCUCCCACUCUCAUUUGUUUUCUUCUUUGAUGAAACAGCUGUAGCCAUGCCACUGAAAUCACAAGCCUAUUGCUUAUAAUGCAAACACAUUUCCUUAGGUCUUACUUUCCUGCACAAUUCUGCAUACACGAUUACAUGCCAUUGGACUCUUUUAGUCCUUGAGACUUUUGUGAUACAUUUUUGGGGAUAUGGUAAUGUAAUAUUGCUUCAGGUCUCUGUGCAUUUGUGUUUGAGAGGGACAUGGCUAGAAGAAGCCAAUCAGAAUUUAUUCAUUUCUGAAUUUAACUGCUCAAGCUGAAUCCUGGGAGAAGACUGUCCAGAGAGAGGGCUCCUCUGCCUGUUACUGCUUGUACACAUCCUUCCUUCCACCUGUUGCCUUCUUUGAUAAAUUGUUAGGUUAUCAUUUGAGCAACUGCUUUUCUGCCAUUUUUAUUGCUUUGAAUGAAGUUAGAGCGAAAGUUUGUCACUAAUUUAUAUUGGGAAGUAGGUUUGUGGGGAAUGCUUUUGCACCUGAAUUAGAGUGCAAGUAUGCUCCCUGCCAAACAUAGAUACACUGCUCGUUGAACAUCUUAUUCAAAAAUCAUUGGCAUUAAUAUGGAGUUGGUCCCCCUUUGCUGUUAUAACAGCCUCCACUCUUUCACUAGAUGUUGGAACAUUGCUGCGGGGACUUGCUUCCAUUCAGCCACGAGCAUUAAUUAGGUCGGGCACUGAUGUUGGGCGAUUAGGCUUGGCUCGCAGUCGGCGUUCCUAUUCAUCCCAAGAUGUUGUAUGGAGUUGAGGUCGGGGCUCUGUGCAGGCCAGUCAAGUUCUUCCACACCGAUCUCGACAAACCAUUUCUGUAUGGGUCUUGCUUUGUGCAUGGGGGUAUUGUCAUGCUGAAAAAGAAAAGGGCCUUCCAUAAACUGUUGCCACAAAGUUGGAAGAACAGAAUCGUCUAGAAUGGCCUUGCUGAAGCGUUAGAUUUCCCUUUACUGGAACUGAGGGGCCUAGCCUGAAACAUGAAAAAGAGCCUCAAACCAUUAUUCCUUCUCCACCUUUACAGUUGGCACUAUGCAUUCGGGUAGGUAGCGUUCUCCUGGCAGAUGAUGAAGUGUGAUUGACCUUGCUUCCGGAGGUAGUUUGGAACUUGGUAGUGAGUGUUGCAACCAUGAUGCUACGUGCUUCAACACUCAGCAGUCCCAUUCUGUAAGCUUGUGUGGCCUACCGCUUUGCGGCUGAACUGUUGUUGCUACUAGAUGUUUCCACUUCUCAAUCACAGCAUUUACAGUUGACCGGGGCAGCUCUAGCAGGGUAGAAAUUUGACAAACUGACUUGUUGGAAAGGUGGCAUCCUAUGAUGGUGCCUUGUUGAAAGUCACUUAGCUCUGUAGUAUGGGCCAUUCCACUGCCAAUGGCUAUGUGCUCGAUUUUAUACACCCCUCAGCAACGGGUGUGGCUGAAAUUGCUGAAUCCGUUCAUUUGAAAAGGCAUCCACAUACUCUUGGCCAUGUAGUGUAUCAACUCCGUCUAGCUACACUGAAUACUGUAUGUUUAAUCUGUCUCUCAACACAUUGAAGCCCACUUAGAAUCACUUUGAGGCAUUAGAGGUUAGCAGGUUCAUAUUCAAAUCCAGAUGGUUAUAUUGUGAGUCAAGGACCUAGGCUAUUUACUGCUUGCAGUCCCUAAGUAUUGGUGUGAAACAUCAGUAGAUUUUGUAGUAAAGUUGAUUUCAGAUGGAUGGAUGGACAAUGUUUAUUUUGUGAGUUAUGUGGAUUAAAUUCCAUCUUCAAGUUCCGACUCUCACAAGACAGGUGAAUGCUGAAUAAUUCCAAUGGAUCAGAAACCAGGGGACCUGUCUAGAAGGCAUUGUGUUGUUCCUGUGGCUCAAGAGAAUGUCAAGAUGCAAUCCGCCCCGAAUUGCAUCUUGACACCCUUUAAGAUUGGAGGUGACUGAACUUCCAUUGAGAACACAAUGACUAGCAGUGUACAAUAUUGUUAUCAGAGAUUAGUCUUUGGCAGAUACUUACCAACAGUUUAAAGGUUGAUUGAAUGACAGGGGAGCUGAAUAUCAAGACUAACAGUCCUACCACCACUUUUUAUUUCAAAGAAAAGCUACCACUGCCCUCUUUUGCCCCUUUCUCAUUAGUCAGUAUGCUCCAGAUUGAAGAGGGAUAGUAUUCAGAUCUCUAACAAUCUGCCUGUACUCAUUAUGGCAAAUCGUUGUGUUUUUCCAGUGGAGAUACAGUAUUGGAAAUAAAUGUGGUGAAAGUUGAUCAUCUAAUUCCUUUUAUAAGCCACAGGUCUAGCUAGGUUCCAGUGAAGGAGAUAAAACAUUCAAACGUUAAUAGGUCUGAUUCCAUAUUUAUCGAUAACCCCAGAGUAGGAGCGCUGAUCUAGGUUCAGGCCUUUCCAUGUAAUCUUAUUCAUUAGCACUCCUACUUCAAGACGCUUUAUGAAUAUGUGCCCUGCCCAGGUAUCGGUUCCAUUUUACCUUUUUGAUUUGUGUUAUUCUGUGGAUGUUGGGAGAUGGGUUGUAGCUUUGAUUUGAAGGGCCUAGGUCCCUUGUUGCGCAUGUUUAUUUGUUCUCCUUGAAGUGAAAAAUGUUUUCAGUGCAAUUGUCCACUUGCUUUUUAUUUUUUUAUGUAGGUAUUAGAGGUUUAAUUUAAUCUGUUUUAGUCUGAAUUGUCAAUACUGUCAGAUUGUUAGAUACCCUAGUUGACUUGAGAAUGUAUGGCUUAAGUAGCAGUCUAAAGCGGCAAGUCAACUAAGGGCUCCCAAUGUGGAAGAAGAGCCAAUAUCGCAGAUUAUAAUUUGUUCUUGAGAUAUUUUUAAACAGUAUAUGCAAAAACAAAUAUUGCAAAAAAAUCAGACAAUCAUCAGUGUUAAAUGUGCGGGGCACUUGCAUUUUUUUCAGUUUUUUGGGGUAGGAAAGUGAGUUUGCUGGCAAGAGUUUAUUACAAUUGUGAAACAUCAGUGUUCAGUUGAUUUUCCUUUUGUCUGGAUUUCAUAGUAAAGUUGAUUUCAGAUGGA